AUGAACGCAAUCCAGCAGAAAUGCCGGCCGAAGCACCAGGUCCUCGUGCUGAAGUGCUAUCCCCGGACCACCAAGGGGGCCGUCGACGUCAAGCCCAACUCGAGCGAGCUCAGCUACCUCCUGUUCUACGCGACCUCGCGCCGCUCCAAGAUCCAGAAAGUCGGCAGCUUCCUGGAGAAGAAGACGGCCAGCGAUGUCUGGCGCUUACGCAUUGGGUAUCACAUGUCUCCGAACCCGCUUGUUACUGACGACGUCCUCGAUGCACUCAGCAAUGUCCAGGUCACGCUGCAGAUACUUGCAGCCCUGAUUGAAAAGUCGCCCAAGGAUCUGCCUUUGUUUGCGCAGAAUGUCAUCAAGGUCCUGAGCCUGGUACUCAAGUCCAAUGAUAUCACCAUGGUCGAGGCAUCCCUGCCCACCUUCGAGACCUUUUGCGAGCACCACGAUGCCUCGUCUCUCUUUGCCGACCAGACCUACGUGCGCCAAUACGAGGAUAUCGUACGCUCGUACGCAACCUUCGCGUCGACCCGCCAGACUCCCGGCAAGGGAACUCCGAGCAAGCCGGUCGCCGUGAGAUGGAGGAAUGCGGGCUUGACGGCCAUCAAGAGCGUGGCAGAGUCCGACGCCUUGGCCUCCGUGGCUGGCCGUCAGCUUGAUGUUAUAGUGCCCAUGAUCUUGGAGAACCUCUGGACCGACAACGACGGCUUCCUGGACCUCCUCACCCACCGUAUGCGGGCCGAAGAGAAGGUCGAUACGCACAACCUACCGCGCCGCAAGACCAGUAUAUCCACCGUGAGGACUGGAGAUGAGCUGGGGGACACAAACCCAAUCGCUUUGUCUGGGUCUACCGCCGAUGCCGAUGCCCUGGCCGAGGAAGAGACGGGCUUGCUGGCCAUGCAGUGUCUGAAACAGAUAUUUGUCAUCCCGAACCGUGCUCAGCUCCAUGGCGCAACUCAGGCCUUGUUGAAGUUCUUGCAAGAGCGGAUUGAACAGAGCGAACAGGUCAUCAAGACCGACGAAAAGACGGGGCGCGAUGGUGGCUGGGCUGUCAAGAUCUACGGUCUUACAGCUAAAUGGGCGCCUGUACAAGACCGAUACAUCAUCCUGGUGACAGUUUUGGAUACGCUUGUGCGAGCGCAGCCAACCAACGAGAAUGUGGCGGAGCAGACUGUGUUGGUGGCCAUCAUGAGUUCCCUGCUGCGAUCAGACGUCAACUUGAUCGGUCUAAGUGUCAUGGACGUUCUCCUGGGGCUCAUCCAGCAUAUGAAGCGGGUACUGAGCUAUUCCGGGCGCUUGAGUGCUGGUACGGCGCCUGGCUCCGCUGGCAAAGACGAGAAUGCCGCACCAGACUUCGACAAACUACAGCAGUCUACUUCACAACAUGGUGAACUUCUAAACCGAAUCGAGCGAUGCGUGGGAGACUUGGCAACACACGUAUACUAUGCUGACCAGAUUUCGGAUAUGAUAUCUGCCAUUCUACUACGACUGAAACCCCACCCGAGUACAAUUAAUGCUACACCACCCACGGAUGGGGCUGAAGGCAGUGCGCUUCCGGGCACAUCGGCCGGCAGCCUGGUCGAUGAUCAGCAACAUCUCGACAGUCUCUUCGCGCUGGACACUGCAAAAACAGCAGCCCUCAAAGCUAUCAAGGCGAUCCUCCUGGUUGCUAACCCGAAGACUAAGAUGAGCGGCAACGUCAGCCUUACGAGGAACAAGGUGCCUAUUCAGGUCUGGGAGGGUACUCAAUGGCUCCUGCGAGACCCGGACGGACAGGUCCGAAAAGCCUAUGUCGAGGCUGUCAUCACUUGGUUGGAUCGGGAGACGACAAGGGCUGAUCUCAGGGCCCGUGACGAGAUGGCCCAGAAACCGAACCGCGGUGGGAACCGGGAUGCCCCGCCCCCGACCUUUGCGCGCCGCGCUGUCUCGAGUGCCUCAAACCGAGAAAAGCCGGUCAAGGUUCCGCGAUCCCACUUCCUGCAGUUACUGCACCUCAGCCUGUACGACAACGCUCUGCAGUUUGUCGAGUAUGACUCCGAUAUCGCUUUGUCUCACGCCAUGCUAGUAAAGUUGGUGGACAAGCUGGGUGUAAACGCCGUACGUUACGGCCUGCCUAUGAUUUUCCGGUUACAGGAGGAUAUACUCGAGGCGGAGACGCCUCGCGCAAAGGUUCGUCUGGGUGCUCUGUGUCAUGGCUACUUCUGGGCCUUGACCGAGAAGUUUGACUUCGACUCAUCGGUUGUUGGAGAAGCCAUCCAAAACGAAAUCAUUAGAAGGAGGAGCAAGAACUUCUGGGUCGAAGGCGUAGCCGUCCCACCGCCUUCGUUGGACCUGAUAGGUACACCUGGAUCACACCGCCCUGAACCCCUUUUACCAACAAAGGAAGUCGAAUCCGAGGCUUUGUUGCCCUUCGAUGAUCGACUUACGAUGGUGGAUUGUAUAUACCGCAACUAUGGAGAGACUGCAAUCUCUCCACCCGCUAGCCCAACCGCAUCUCCUAGUCGACAGUUUGCGCACCCCAUCCUUCACUCUGGCUUGAGCACCAUCCCGCCUGCCGAUACCGACCGGACAUUACCUGCCAAGUUCAAAGAGGACAUGUUGACAGAGUGGACACGAGAAGCCGCUGUGAUUGCGCUCCAGGAGGGAAGCAAAUCAGCGUCUCUUAACGGGUCCAGAACGGGGACCACAACCACGAAGGGUAACCGGUUGACAGUGAAUGGCGCAACAGCCAAUGGUCACGCACGGAGUCCAGUGGGGUCACCAGUCAAUAGUCAACACAACCUACGCCCGGCCUCUCACGCCGGUGGGCACGGCGGUUCUGCACUUCGGAAGUCAAGCGUGCAGAGUCGCAUUUCCAGCAACUCAAGUCGCGGAAUCGGGGUUACUUCAGUUGACCAGUUGAAAUCGGUUUUAUCGGGAGAAGCCCCUCGUCCACUCACUCUCCAGACAGUUCGCGAUGAUGACAGCAGUGAAAGCAUGGCUAGCUACGAGUUCACGCCAUCGGAGUUGUCUUUCAACCCUGCCGCGGGCGAGAUUAUUGAUCAACCGGAGAACGGGCUUACUCGCUCGAGAUCCAAGUCACGGGAACGUAAGGCCUCUGGCGAUCUUGGUGGUCCCCUGACCUCCCACCCCACCAAUGAGGAGAUCGAAGAAGAGGACGGUGUGCCACCUGUGCCGCCUAUCCCAAGUUCGAUCACCGGAAACACGCCAAUUCCUGUCGGCAGUCAUCGGCCCAUGUCUGCUGUCUCUACGAAGGAUCAUGCUCUUCGGGCUCAGAAGCGAAACACCAAGAGCAGGGGGGGCGAAAGCAUUCUAUCAGGUUCGCUUACGGAAUCGGGCAGCCCUACUCUUGACUUGCACUCCCUUCUCAAGGGAAUUGACAGCAAGUCCAGAGAACACAGUCUCGGAAAUCUCACCAAGCCACCGUAUUAG